AUGAAUAAACUAAGUCUUGUAUUAUUGAUUUGCUGUUCGGUGGCGAUCCUUGCCGAUCGCCCCGAUUGGUAUCCUGAAAAUGAAACCGAAAUUGAAAUGAAAUGUCAGGAGGAAAAUUCAAUUAGCACCGAAACAAUGAACGACAUUUGGGCUUAUAAAUUUGACGACACUCCAGAAAUUCGUAAACUUAUGCUUUGCUUAGUCGAACGUAAAAAUAUUUACAAUAAGGAAAUGGGCUUUAAAGCUGAUCGUUUACAAAUUGCAUUGACAUCGAGAAUUAAAAUGGAUUGUAAAUUGGAAUUUGUUGAAAAAUGUGGUAAGGAAGCAAAAGAUAUAACUCCAGCUGAUGCCAUGAUCUUUAGUAUAAUGAAAUGUAUUGUCGCCGGCAUGGAUGAAAAUUGUAAGAAAGUUGAAUAG